UGUGUCGGGACUAUCUGCUCCGACGUCUGAGGGACCGGAGGCUUUCUCUGAGGUGUGCAGCCUUUAGGUCAGAAGAGAGGGGAGUCCUGGGCUCUGCCACGCUUCAAGGGAGGUGAAGGCUUUGGUCUGAGCUGAUGACAUCACAAAGGCAAGAGUUCCAGAAUCUGAGGAGUCAAGGUAAGGGUCUUAGGGAGGUGAAGGCCUUGGUGUGAGUGAGAAGACAGGUCAGCUGAAGGAGUCACAUCAGGUCAGAAGAGGGAAGAGUCCCAAGCUCUACCAGAGUCAAGGGGCUCCAGGAACCAUGAGGUGAGGGCCUUGGUGUGAGGCACACGUCUUCAGGUCAGCAGAGCAGAGGAAGACCAGACAGUGCUGGGAGUCAAGGCCUGUGGGAUCCCAUCUCCCACCAUCCUGCUCACACUUCUACCUGCUGCCUCCAGCAAGUGUCAUCAUGUCUCACUCUCCAAAGCGUCCACGCCUCACAUUUGAGCCAGACUUUCAGACCCUAAGUGAGAUACAAGGCCUGCUGAUAGCGCAGGUUCCCGCAGCUGAGGAGGAAGAGGAGGAGACUGCCUCCAUUUCCUCCUGCUCUUUCACCUUCUCCUACCCCUCUUCCUCCCCCUCCCCCUCUCCCUCCCCCUCUCCCUCUCCUCUGCUACUGGGCGCCCCAGAGGAGGAGCAGGAGGAGCAGGAGCAGCAGGAGCAGCAGGAGGAGCAGGAGCAGCAGGAGGAGCAGGAGCAGCAGGGGGAGCAGGAGCCUGACACUGUGAUUUUGGGUCCUCCCCAGAGUCCUCAGAGCUCCUUCUCCUCCACGUCGUGGAGCACGUCUGAUGGAGGCUUCAGCAGCCAAGAAGAGGGCACAUGCUCUCUCCAGGCCUCAGUAGACACCAAAUCCUUGCGCAGAGACCCACUAGAUAGGAAAGUGGCGGAUUUGGUGCAUUUCAUGAUCCUCAAAUAUCGACUGAAGAAGCCCAUCACAAAGGCAGAAAUGCUAAAGGUUGUCCUCAAAAGGUACAAAAAACAAUUCCCUGUGAUCUUCAAGAAAGCUUCUAAGUGCCUAGAGGUAGUCUCUGGCAUUGAUGUGAAGGAAGUGGACCCCAAAAUCCAUUCCUAUGUCCUUGUCAACUCCUUAGACCUCACGCAUGAUGAUAAGCUUAGUGAUGAUCAGAGCAUGCCUAAAAAUGGCCUCCUGAUAAUCAUCCUGGGUGUGAUUUUCCUAGAGGGAAACUGUGCCCCUGAGGAAACCAUCUGGGAUUUCUUGACUAUAAUAGGCCUGCAUGCUGGGAGGAAGCACUUCAUUUUUGGGGACGCUUGGAAACUCAUCACAGGAGAUUGGGUGCAGGAGAAUUAUCUGGAGUACCGGAAGGUGCCUAAUAGUGAUCCUCCACGGUAUGAAUUUCUGUGGGGUCCAAGGGCCUAUGCUGAAACCAGCAGGCUGAAAGUUCUAGAAUUUUUGGCCAAGAUCAAGGGGACUGACCCCAUUUCCUUCUCAUGCUGGUCUGAGGAGGCUUUAAGAGAUGAGGAAGAGAGAGUCAGGGCCAGAAUUGGCUCCAUGGAUAGUACUACUGCUGUGCUCAUUGUGCAGCAUGUCUCAGAAGUUUCUGUCCUAACUGAAUAAUGAGGCUAAAUCUUCAUUCUGUGUUUGGAGAGGGCAGUCAGAGUUCUAAGUAGAGGAGGGUCAGAGUCAGGCUGAGGAGAACACACUGUGCAACAACUAUGUGUUCCUGUUCUGUAUGGGUGACUUGAAAGUUUAUCUUUUUUUUUCCUUUUGGUGUUUUUUUCAAAUACUCUUCCUUUUCAUAGAUUUAUGAGCUUUAGAAUCUGUUUAUGAAUGAUAUUGGCCACAUUUAUUACAAAACAUUUAUCAGAUUUAAGAAUAAGAGUCUUGAUAUUUUGCAAAACAAAUUGAGGAACUUCCAUCUUAUUUUGUGAUCUGGAACAAGAUAACAUGACUUUGGAAUAGGAAUUUUCUUGGAAAUGUGAAAGAACUCAGAAGACUAUAGAGAAAAAAAUGUAAAAGGUGGUUCAUUUUUGGAUUCCCAUAACCACUUUAGUCUAUUGUUUUGUAAAAUUAAAACAAUAUAUACCUGGAUUUGCUUGGCUUAUUCAAGAAAGUAAGGGUAAUCUAAACAAACCCUAAUUUUUGGAUUCCCUUAACCACUUUAGUGUAUUGUUUUGUAAUAUUAAAAUAUAUACCUGGACUUGUUUGGCUUAUUCAAGAAAGUAGGAGUCAUCUUAACAAACUUUAAUUUUUUGAUUCUGUUAACCAUUUUAGUCUAUUGUUCCAUAAAAUUAAAGGAUAUAUUCUUGGAUUUGCUUGGUUUAUUCAGGAAAGUAGGAGUGACCUUAAUCUUAAUAAAUAAAA